GAUCAGGAAGAUGCUAUCAGCUCAGUGGUCGCCGGCCAUGGUUUCUUCUAGCGGACGCUCCCCUGUUUGCUUCUUCCUGCUUUUCGUUGUAGCGUCUCACUUGAGCUUUCUAGCCCUUGCCAACUUCGAUAGAUUUGGGCAUGGGCCCUUCGACCAUGGCCCUCCCUGCGGCUUUCACUUCCGCGGCUGUCCGGGUGGGCCUGGAGGAGGAAGAUCUGGGGGCUUUGGAGGCUUAGGUGGUGGUGCGGGUGGAGGAGUUGGGGGUGGCAGCAGACUUGGUGGUGGUGGCGGUUUUGGCGGGGGAGUUGGCGGGGGCUCUGGCCUUGGCGGCGGUCAUAGUGAAGGAUUUGGUGGUGGAGGUGGAAUUGGUGGCGGACUUGGUGGUGGUCAUGUUGGAGGAUUUGGUGUUGGAAGUGGUGUGGGUGGUGGAGCGGGAGGAGGACUUGGCGGUGGUGGCGGUGGCCUCGGUGGCGGUAAUGGUGGAGGAUUUGGUGUUGGAGUUGGUGUAGGUAGUGGUGGAGGAGGUGGAAUUGGUGGUGGAGGUGGCAGUGGCAGUGGGCUUGGUGGUGGUCAUGCUGGAGGAUUCGGUGUUGGAGGUGGUGUGGGUGGUGGAGCGGGAGCAGGACUUGGUGGUGGUGGCGAUGUUGGAGGUGAUGGUGGAGGUGGGCUUGGGGGGGGUGAUGGUGGAGGAUUUGGUGUUGGAGGUGGUGUAGGUAGCGGUGGUGGAGGUGGAAUUGGUGGGGGCGGGGGUGGUGGGCUUGGUGGUGGUCACGGUGGAGGAUUCAGUGUUGGAGGAGGCGUGGGUGGUGGAGCGGGAGCAGGACUUGGUGGCGGUGGUGGAGGAUUUGGUGUUGGAGGUGGUGUAGGUAGCAGUGGUGGUGGAGGUGAAAUUGGUGGUGGUGGCGGCGUUGGAGGUGGCGGUGGUAGUGGGCUUGGUGGUGGUCAUGCUGGAGGAUUCGGUGUUGGAAGUGGUGUGGGUGGUGGAGCGGGAGCAGGACUUGGUGGUGGCGGCAGUGUUGGAGGUGGUGGUGGAGGUGGUCUUGGUGGUGGCCAUGAAGGAGGGUUUGCAGGCGGGGCAGGGUUUGGUGUUGGAGCGGGAGGAGGCGGUGGUAGUGGAGUUGGUGGAAGUGGAGGCUUAGGUGGAGGUGGUGGUGGUGGAGUUACCGGUGGUGGCGGUUCGGGAGGAGGCGUUGGGGGAGGUAGCGGUGGUGGACUUGGUGGUGGUGUGGGAGGAGGUGGUGGACUUAGUGGUGGUGUAGGAGGAGGCGUUGGAGAGGGUGGUGGCUUUGACGGUGGUAGAGGUGGUGGCAUUGGUGGCGGUGCAGGAGGAGGAGUUGGGGGAGGUAGCGGUGGUGGGCUUGGCGGUGCUGUGGGAGGAGAUGUUGGAGGGGGUGGCGGGUUUGGUGGUGGUGCAGGAGGAGGUGGAGGUUUAGGUGGUAGUUGUGAUGGUUGUGGUGGAGGGGUGGGUGGUGGCUUUGGUGGCGGAGGAGUUGCCGGUGGAGGCCUGGGACACGGUGGAGGAAUAGAGGGCGGUAGUGGCCAUGGCAUCGGUGGUGGAGGUGGGGUAGGAGUCGGAAUUGGUGUUGGAAUCGGGAUUGGGGUCGGGGUCGGGGCUGGAGCACGUGAAGGUGGGGGUGUUGGUGGGAAACAAUGA